CGGCGAUUGAACGAACUGACGUGAGAACAGGUCGCCUGGUACUAGGCACAGUUUGAGGUUCGCGUUACUGGCUGGUGGACUACGUCUUGCGUUGUGUUCCUCCUUUAAGGCGUUCUCGAAUAGCUAAAUGGCUUAUGCAGGAGGCGAGGGCGCUGCCAAACCGCAGUACAACAUCAGGGAGGAUCAUGUGAAGGAGGCCCUGAAGGCGGACAAGGGCAGCGAGGCCGUACUAAACUUCUGGCAAAUUAAAGACCUUGCUGAGAAGGGCGACAACUUUUCUUCUUCAGUUACCAGCGUCAAAGUCCGGUUCUCCUUGAUGGGGGAGACAAGCAAAGUGUCUUAUGUGGUAAAAAUAUGCCCUCCAAGAUCUAAAAUGGCCCAAGUGGCAGAGUUUCCUUUAAAAAUGAUGAAGAAAGAAAAUGAAUUUUUUCAGGAAAUCCUUCCGAAACUCAACUCGGAGCUGACUUCCUUGGGGCACCAUAACUUGAGAAUGCCAAAGUGGUUCUACACAUCAUUAGAAGAGAACAAAGAGAUGAUCUUCUUAGAGGACCUCAGAGAUCUGGGCUUUGAAGUGUUUAAAGACUGCAAGGUGGGCCUCGAUGAGGCCCAUACAAAACUGGUCCUGCAGGAGCUGGCCCGACUCCACGCUGCCUCUCUGCUGCUGAAAGCAAAGAUGCAAAUCUUGCAUGAAGAACCUGACAGCGAGAAAGGCCUGGCUCUCGCUUUCAAGUACAUUAAUGAAGACUGGACCACUUUAAAGGAAGACGAAGAGGCGGAGCAGAAUUCUAAGUGCUCGGUAAGUCUAGUGGAGGCGGAGGCCUUUUUGGCCAAAGAUGGCGGCUGCGAGGUGGCGAGGCGAUGGUUGGAUAUGCACAAGAACAAGCCCCUUGAUCUUGCAAAGAGCUUUCUGGUCAGACAAACUAAGUUUGAUGUAAUAUGUCAUGGCGACUGCUGGGUUAACAACCUACAAUUCAGGUACAAUAAAGAUGGAGAGCCGGUUGAAGUGAUGCUCCUUGACCUCCAGCUGAACCGUCUGGCUUCCCCAGCCACCGACAUAAACUACCUCCUCUACACCAGUCUUCACGGCGACAACAGGAAGACCAACUGGCGGAACUACCUCUCCUCCUACUACGACACCUUCAGAGGUGUGAUGGAGUCCGGAGGUUUGGGCAUGCUUUUCACCCUGGAAGAGCUCCAUCAAGAGUACAGGAGCAAGAUGGAGUACGGUAUGCUGUAUGGGUCCAUGACGGUGGCCUGCCCCCUCCUCUUGGAGGAGUCUCCAGUUACUGUUAUUGAGAUUCCCUUGGUCCUUGAUUCUCUCUCAGAUGUUUCCCUUGAUCCGGAGCCCUUUCCUGUUCCUGCCCACGGUUCUCUUGACUGCCCCUUUCAGAUGCCUCCUCCCGCAUUGGACUGUCAAUCCGCCUCUCGUCUGUCCUCCCGCUCCCUUGCCUCCAUCAUCUUUGCCUAUGCCCCGAAACCCCAAUUUCACUGA